AUGUUUAAACGCCUAUUCUCUUCCGUGCAAACAGGCUCAAAGUAUUCAUCUGCAUACAAAAACUAUCUAAAGCUUGACAAUGGCAAGAUCGGCAGUUAUAUGCAUGAUAUUCCUAUCGAAUACGACCAGACUAGCGGCCUACUAAAUGUGGUGGUAGAGAUUCCACGGUGGACCAACGCCAAAUUUGAGAUCAGUAGAUCGCUGGAGGCAAAUCCCAUCACUCAGGACCAGAAGGACGGUCAAUUGAGAUUUGUACACAAUUUGUAUCCUAACCACGGCUUUCCAUUUAACUACGGAGCAAUUCCUCAAACUUGGGAGGAUUACACCCGGCCCUCCAAAUUUGUAUCAGCAUACAAAGGAGACAAUGAUCCCCUAGAUAUUAUAGAAGUGGGAAGCAAGGUUCUGGAAGUUGGGCAAGUGCUCAGGGUGAAAGUUUUGGGUUCCUUGGCAUUGAUUGACGAAGGCGAGCUAGACUGGAAGAUCAUCACCAUCAAUACUGAAGAUUAUCAUGCUUCAGAUGUUAAUGAUAUUUACGACAUCUACCACGUGCUUCCGGGUAUGUUAGAAAACACUCGAGAAUGGUUCAAGAACUAUAAGAAACCGGAAGGUAAACCCAGCAACGUCUUUGCUUUCAAUGGUGAAUUCAAGAAUCACGAAGAUACGAUGAAAGUCAUCGAGGAAUGCCACAAGAACUGGAAAGCCUUAAUCGAAGGAAAAGUCACUGGCGCAAAGGCCCCUAAAGUUAGUAAUGCCACACUGGAAGAAACCCCCGGGUUCACAACAUUUGAUGAGCAGAAAUUAUUGGUCAAGACUAAUGCUAAGGAUGAAGAGAUUCCACAGGAAGUUAACAGAUUGUACUUUUUCAAUAACUAG